UGCAGUUACGGGCGCGCCAAAACCGUGUCCACUACACUAUAUAUGCACUGAAAAUUGCCAGUUUCACAAUUUUAACAUUCAAAAAUCAAAAGUCCCACAAUGAAACCGCUCGUUCUUCUCAUACUCUUCACUCUAUUCCUUCUUCAAUACGCUUCCGCAGUACAAAUCCUCUCGAAAUCGAAGCUUCAAAAAUGUGAGAAAGUUUCCGAUUCGAACCGCCUAAAUUGCACCAACAAAAUCAUCAUCGACUUGGCUGUUCCCAGUGAAUCGAGUGGAAAUGAGGCUUCGUUGGUGGCAGAGAUAGUUGAAGUGGAAGAUAACUCAAGCACUAACAUGCGAACACUUCGAGUUCCCCCGGUGGUUACCAUUAACAAGUCCGCCGCAUAUGCUUUGUAUGAGUUGACAUAUAUACGCGAUGUUGCUUAUAAACCACAAGAAUUCUAUGUCAAUACACGCAAGUGUGAGCCAGAUGCUGGGGCAGAUAGGGUGAAAAUANCUACAGAAAUCUCAUCUUGUGCCUCGUUGAGAGAUGAGAACGGACACAUUAUCGAGAACACUCAGCCUACCUGUUGCCCUUGUGGAGAUCAGCGGAGAGUUCCUUCAUCAUGUGGAAACUUUUUUGACAAGAUGAUGCACGGCAAGGCAAACACUGCUCACUGUCUUCGUUUUCCAGGUGACUGGUUUCAUGUAUUUGGCAUUGGGCAGCGCUCAAUUGGAUUUACCAUCCGAAUUGACGUUAAGCAGCAAUCUCAGAAUUCGGAAGUGAUUGUCGGUCCGGAAAAUAGAACUGCUACAUCCAGUGAUAGUUUUCUGCGGGUUAAUCUGGUUGGAGACUAUGUUGGAUACACUGAUAUUCCGUCUUUUGAUGACCUCUACCUUGUUAUACCAAGACAGGGUGGCCCAGGUCAACCACAAAAUCUGGGGAGCAAUUUUUCCAUGUGGAUGCUACUUGAGAGAGUGAGGUUUACAUUAGACGGGCUUGAAUGUAACAAAAUUGGUGUAGGUUACGACGCGUUCAAUGCACAGCCAGAUUUUUGUUCAGCACCAUUUUGGAGUUGCCUGCACAAUCAACUAUGGAACUUUUGGGAUGCUGAUCAGAAUAGAAUCAGUAGAAAUCAGGUGCCGCUAUAUUGCGUGCAAGGAAGGUUUGAAAGAAUCAACCAGCAUCCAAAUGCAGGAAGUCAUGCAUUCUCUAUUGGAAUUACAGAAGUCCUGAACACAAAUCUUUUGAUAGAACUGAAUGCAGAUGAUAUAGAAUAUGUAUAUCAAAGGAGCCCUGGGAAAAUUAUAAGUAUUACAAUCCCAACUUUUGAAGCUUUAACUCAAUUUGGAUCAGCAACAAUUACAACAAAAAAUAUAGGUGAAGUGGAAGCGUCCUACAGCCUCACGUUCGAAUGCUCAGCCGGUGUCAGCCAAAUGGAGGAACAAUUUUAUAUAAUGAAGCCAAAUGAAGUCAUGACUCGAGCAUUCAAGUUGUACCCAGCAAGUGAUCAAGCUGCAAAGUAUAUCUGCUCAGCAAUACUGAAGGACUCAGAUUUUAAUGAAGUUGAUCGGGCGGAGUGUCAAUUCACAACCACAGCUACUGUUCUUGAUAAUGGAUCACAGAUUCCAUUUCAACCUCCUAAGACAAGCAUCAAUGGUUUCUUUGAGAGCAUUGAGGAUCUAUGGAAAAAAUUUUGGGAGAAUUUGACAGAUUUUAUCACUGGGAAAAGUUGCAGAAUGAAGUGCUCUGGAUUCUUCGACUUCAGCUGCCAUAUACAGUACAUCUGUAUCACUUGGGUAGUAAUGUUUUGCCUGUUCUUGGCAAUUCUUCCAACAGUGAUUGUACUACUCUGGCUUCUUCACCAGAAAGGUUUAUUUGAUCCUCUGUAUGACUGGUGGGAUGAUCAUUUUUCAAUUACUGAAGAUAGUCAUAUGAGUCAUUGGAAGCAUAGUUACACUCCUGACUCAUUAAGAAUUCAUCAUAAGAAGAAAAGCCAUAAACAUGAGCCAAGGCAUCAUAAGCAUCAUGCACUAAGGAGGCACACAAAGCUUCACAAUGAUCCAAGGCACGAGAAUCUUUUGAGAGAAACUGAUUAUCAUUACUACCUUCACCAUGUGCACAAGGAUAAGCACAAACACGGAAAAACCAAGAGCUCAGGCAUUACAAAGCCACUUCGUUCAAGGAAGGGAGAGGAUGACCAUUUGAGACAUCACAGACGAAUAAAAGAGAGAGAAACUUUGGGAGGACUUGUCAUAAACAAGAAGCCAAGUGCUGAAAUUCAAGAGGAAUAUCUAAGGCACAAACAUCCCAUCUUAAAUGACACACAUCAUAAGAGGCAAAUCAAGUGGAAAGACUGACUAGAACUGAUUUGACAGUGAUUGUCAAAGCCUUGCAGCUAUGUCAUGUAGAGAAGAUGUUAAAUUUGGUUUUUUCUUCUUUAUAACGUUCUUUUGACCCCUCUUAGAGUAUCUCUAGUUCAAACUAAAUACUCUAGAGAUA